GUUGAACCGGCCCAUACUGAGAAAGUCAGGUAGAUGCUGACUGACGCAAGCAUCUAUCGAUCAAUCGAUUAGGACUCCAUUUCAAAACUGGUAGGCCAAACCAAAAAAAGUAUUCAGGGAACUAGAAGCAACAGACUAGAUGACCGGCCGAAAACGAUGAAAAACGAAAGAAGGGAACAGCAACAUCGCAAAAUUCUGUUAAUUGUUGAAAACAGACAGCGCGAGAACUCCACUUCCACUAGUCGUCUCACUUCAAGAAAAUUCAACUCACAAGUUAGUAAAAAACAGUGGAGGGGAUUAAUGCACUUGACCACUGGAUCAGAACACGAAUGACAUACAUAAUAUCAGGAUAGAGGAAGAGGUAAUCACGUCCUCGUAUGGCGUUUCGACUCUAUCCAUGUCAAUUAACCGCCCCAUUGCUAGAAAAACCGCAAAGGAGUUAGUGAACAGGGAAUGUGAAACCCGAAAGAGCAUGCAAAUCCUUGGAUGACUGUGUGGCUUCAAAUGGCAGGCGUAUCACCCAACGAGGGGAACACCAAUGGGAUUGCCGGAGUAGUAUUACAGAAACUGGAACACAGCGUACAAACCUCUAAUCAAUCUCGAAAUCUGGAUGCGCUGUAUGAAUGAUACUUCGAUUAUUAUGAAACAUGCAGAAUGUAGAGUGUACACCAUUUGCUCAUUACACUGAAAACAUCGAGUUUACCAUAGAAAACUUGAGGAGAAAAGCCAACUUUUUCUCGUUGACGUAAUCUUCUGUAGGAUUACAGUACUCUUCAUACACUCGUUUAUCAUAGGGAAAUUCACGGAAUGUAAGCACAGUUACCAGAAUCACAAGGAAAAUGCAAGCAAGAAGGCGGAGACAACAGCUAUCCGACCGCAGCACAGUCUUCAACAACACUGACAACAGCAGACGUGUCAUCCAACUUACAUCAGAAAAGUAACUGAACUCACAACAAGGUUGCAGGUUAGAAGACCGAGGAGGAAUACCGAUGAUAACGCAAGAAAGGGUGCAGUGCGUGAACUGUUCCAAAUACUGUCCUGGACGAACUAGUCGAAAACCGUCUAUGGGGAGGAUAUGCAACUACUACACAUGACCUCUUCGCUGUCCAUGAUCUCCGUACAGGAUGAUCAAGACGGGAAUGAAUUUAUUCCGUAAAGCUUAAGGGCUUUGGUGCGCUGAAUUACGAGACUGACGGGCGUCCUCCCGGAUGUAAGAUGUUUCGUUGCAAGCUCAGUCAUUCGUUAUGUAGGAACCGAACAAAUCCACAUAGCACUACACACAAAGUAUCUCCAUUUGACUGGAUUCGAAUUCCGGUCAGCAGACAACUACGAAACCGGUAGGAAAAAGAAGAUCGGGCGGGUCGGUGUGUAGACGUACCGGCAACGCACUGCGUACUGAUGAUGUCAGCUUUAUUGGUGACCGAACCAAUCACAUUCAAAUGCUCAGCUAACAGAACAAUAGUCACACACCCAUUUGCACACCAAUUCGGGUUUGACGGAAGACUCAGUUGGAACCCAGCCGAACCUCUGGCUUAUUUUGAAGCUAUGGAUAACAGUUACCAAAAGCAGUCAGUCACGUGGUUGGAUGUACUUUAGUUUGAAGGUAGUUUUGCUGUAACGAAAACGCUUGCACUAUUAACGGGGAUUUUGAACCGCACACGCCAGGUACACAUCAUCUACGUUGUGGUUGCAGCCAGUGGAUACAGCCACACCUUUAUUUACUGGUCAGGUUUUUGAUUAUGCAAGGAAAAAAACAACUCGAUCAACAACUGACCUUUUGAUCUGACUUCAUCGUUCCAGGCUGUUACCAAACGAAACUGACCUGACAAAAUCAGCAUCACCAUUUCUUGAUCCACCUUACGCAUCUCUUACGCACUGCCUGUGAACAGAAAAAAGCUGGCGUUCCAAAUGGACCCAAAGAGCGAAGAGAGAGGGCAAGAAAGCGAUGUCUUGAAAUCAGAAGAAAACCAGCAGAUUGGUGCUCAUUCCCAAACAAACUCUUCAACUUUGGCUGAAACCGAGGUGAAAGAAGAAAGUACGCGCAUCACAUUUACGUCUGCUUAUCCUCCAAACUUGAUCCACGAAGAAAAAUUCCAAUGGAUUGACUUUGACAACCCUCUACUACGUAGAGAUUGUCCACUGCCACUGUAUCCCCAGGUGAACAUGAUUGGUGCCCCCGUACACAAGGGACAACCAAAGAAUGGGACUCAGUAUGGGCCAAGCCUCAUUAGAAAUUCGGAUAUUGUCGAAUUUCUCAAAACCAUUGGUGUGAGCUUAGUGGAUCAUGGUGACGUCGCAAUCCAAAAUGAUGACCGCGUGGAACCAAAGGUCUUCAAUAUGGUCAACUGUUACAGUUUCAUUGAGACAACAUGCACCAUUGCAAAGCGCGUAGAGGAGCUACUGAAGGAAUCCAACUCAGGUAUCAACGGAAAGCAUCAGCGGGCUUCUCCUCUGCUCGUAGUCGGAGGGGAUCAUAGUAUUGCGACAGGCACGAUCCUGGGACACAAACGGGUGAAACCAGAUGCAUGUGUAAUCUGGAUAGACGCGCAUGCGGAUCUCAACACACCCCUGACAUCAUCUUCGGGGAACAUGCACGGGAUGCCUGUUGCCUUUUUGAUGGAGGAACUGCAAGAGGAAGUUCCUUACAUGAAAGAGAUGGAUCCAAUCGAACCAUGUCUGAAGGCCAGAGAAAUUGCGUAUAUUGCACUUCGGGAUUUGGAUCCGCACGAGGUAUAUGACUUACGAAAGAACAACAUUACUCAUUUUACAAUGGUCGAUAUUGACCGAAUGGGCAUCGAAUGGGUUAUCAACAAAGCCAUUGAAUCUGUCAAUCCUCGGCUAGAAAAACCCAUUCACCUAAGCUUCGACAUUGACGCAAUGGACCCAACGCUUGCACCAAGCACAGGCACCACAGUACCUGGGGGCUUAACAAUCCGUGAAGGAUUGAGAAUUUGCGAAAUGGUUCAUUCCACCGGAAAGCUAUCCGUCAUGGAUUUGGCUGAGUUGAAUCCAAAGAUUGGGUCCCAGGCCGAUGUGGACCGCACGAAGCACACAGCCCUCACACUACUCAAAGCCUGCUUCGGUUAUCGACGGAGUGGCCACUUGCCGUUCAAAGUGCAUUCUCUAUCUGACCAUGGAAUUGUGAGUCGAGCAGACCAACAAGCAUCCUGUCAAACGCGAUGUAUUUAGUUAACUUAGCUAUACUUUUGUUUGCAUUCAUCCCAACGACCGACAUUAAUUUUUAUUCCACGGUCAUACCGAUUCAUUUGUUUAUUUCUUAUUGCCUAUAGUAAAGAUGAAAAUGCA